AUGGCUACUUACACUAGUUUGUCACUCAUCAUAAAACUUCGGAGCCUUCACCAAAUAUCUAUCUAUCUAUCUAUCUAUCUAUCUAUCUAUCUAUCUAUCACCGUAGAUCUAUCUAUCUAUCUAUCUUUUUCUUUUUAUCGAUUUAAUUUUUUCUUCGGUGCCAUGUUCGUCCGAAUUUCUUCUUUUUUUUUUUUCAUUUUACCUUCCGUUUUUCUAUCAUUCUUUCUUUCUAUUUUUUAUUUCUUUUUCCAUUUAUUUUUUAUUCCUUUAUUUUUUUUUUCAUUUUACCUUCCGUUUUUCUAUCAUUCUUUCUUUCUAUUUUUGAUUUCUUUUUCCAACAUUCAUUUCUCGUUGCUUUUUCUUUUUUAUUUAUUUGCUUUUUUACUUUGUUUUUUCAAUUUUCUUUUUUUAAUUCAUUCGAUUUUUUCAUUUAGAUUCCUCCUUCUCUUCUUUUUAAUUUUGAAUUUUUCUUUCUUAUUUAAAUUAUUUCUUCUUUUUCAUUAUAUUAUUCUUUUGGGUCUUUUUCGUUCUUUUUAUUAUUUUUUUCAAUUUUUCUUCCUUUUUUUUCGUUUUCUGUUUUUCGCUUUUAAUCUCGAUGUUUUUUUUUUUUUCAUUUUCAUCUUCUUCAUUUUUAUCUUACUCUUUCUUGCUGGCUAUUUUUUUAAUAUUUUUAUUUCUUUCUACCCUUUUUCGAUUCUUCUCUUUACUUUUUCCAUUAAUGUUCGAAUUUUGUAUUUUAUUUAUUUUCAUUAUUCUUUUUUUCUUCUGCUUUUAUUUUUCCCUUUUCAUUUUCUUCCCUUUUACAAUUUUUUUUGUUAUGUUGCACUUCGUACACUUGGUUUUAUUACCCUUUCUUCUCGUUUUAUUGCACUUUCUGCUCCUCGUUUUAUUGCACGCUCUUCUCUUCAUGUUAUUGCACUUUCUUCUCGUUUUAUUGAACUCUCUAUUCUUCUUGUAUUGCAGCUCGUAAACUCCGUUUAUCUUUCCUUCCUUCUCGUUUUAUUGCACUUUCGUCUCCUCGUUAUAUUGCACUUUGUUCUCGUUUUAUUGCACUUUCCUCUUCUCGUUUUAUUUCACUUUCUUCUCGUGUUAAAUAACUUUCUUCUCGUUUUAUUUUACUUUCUUCUCGUUUUCUUUCACUUUCCUUCUCCUCCUUUUAUUACACCUUCUUCUAUUUCACUAACUUAUUUUUCCUCACCCCGAAUUUUCUGCUUUUGCAUUUCUUUCAUUUUCUCUCCAUUAUCCAAAAAGAGAUCUUCCAAUUUCGAUCGUCCCAAUCAUCAUUCCAAUCAAUUAUCCACCUUACUCUCCAUUUCCCCAUCCAAAUCAUUUCUGUUUUCUUCAUCUGACUUCUACGAUCACCUCCCAAACCUGCACACUUUCUUUCCCCUAUCCACGCUACGUCUCCCUUUUCACUCUCUCCUCCUCCUCCGACACUUUGAUCAUUUUCCUUCUAAAAGCACAAACAACAUCCCUCCACCAACCAUCUGA